GUUUUGAGACACACAAGCAGGGCGGGAUUGAGAAUGCUUGUUCGGUUCAUCACUCAUCAAAUAAGCACUUACGAAGAAACGCCCCGUGUUUGUAAUGCUGCUCUUACGGCUGCUACUAUUAUAAAGAUCACCACAUCUUUUAACCCAUUCUCCCUUACUUGGGGGGUAUGUUCCCUUAUUUAGUCACAUCGUCCACAAUAUUAUCGCUCGCCUUCCGACGCUAUUACGCACCCAGUGUCACCAUGCUAGCUGAGCUUUCCGUCGCCUUUACUUUAGCUGCUUUUGCUUUGGCUUCGCCGCCAAUUGAUAAGUUAUGUCCAAGUCAAAGUGGCAUGCCCGCAAAGCCAAAUCCCACCCUUCCAAGCAAUGGUGGUGCUUCUGAGCUCCCUGAACCGUCUCAGGGAGCGGCUCUCAAGCAUAUCGCGCUUGGCUUUGGUAUUCAAAACUACACCUGCGCCGAUACCGACACCACUCCUACAUCUGUCGGUGCUCUAGCUGUCCUUUACGAUGUCACUCAUCUCUACCCCGGACAAAGCCACUCAUCUCUGACCCAAGCCGAAUGGGCUUCGCUCCCAGGUGAGGUUCUAAACACGCUGAAAGUUCCUCUGAAUCUCAAUGAAAAUGGUAUCGGAGCCUCCCCCAUCAAACCGUUUCCCAAGAAACAGAAUCUCAAGGUUAGGAGCCUUUCAAAGAAGAUCUCCUACCUUGGCCAUCACUACUUCAACUCUGUCGGUGUUCCGACUUUCGACCUUGACAAGGCUUGUCAACUGCUGAUUGCAAAGAAGAUUGACGGUAUCAAAGCUCCUGGUUCUUCCCCGUCUGGACCCGAUGGCACUGGUGCUGUGGACUGGCUCUUCCUUGGUGAUGCUGGCGGCAGCCACGGAAUUUCUUUUGUCUACCGUGUUCUGACAGCCAGCGGUGCUUCUCACGGAUGCAAGAAGAAAGGAGUUGAUAGCACUUCCUACGCAGCCAUGUAUUGGUUUUACAAUUAAAAUAAAGCCAUCUUCAACGGCCGAAACAUUA